GAUAACUGGCGACGUCAAUGAUCGUACACAGCAAGCUGGCAACUAAUCUCGGACAUUAGUAUCGGGAGAGAGAGUAAUUAGCGUAAGCAGUAGUUCUCUCUGUAUACAGACACAAGCAGCCAAAACUAAAACCCAAAAAAGUCUCGUUUUCUUUGUAGAAGGACCAUGUCUGAGCAGCUAACGGAGGAACAGAUCGCCGAGUUCAAGGAGGCUUUCAGUCUCUUUGACAAAGAUGGGGAUGGUUGCAUCACCACCAAAGAGUUGGGAACAGUAAUGAGGUCUCUUGGACAGAACCCCACUGAAGCUGAGUUGCAGGACAUGAUCAGUGAAGUUGAUGCUGAUCAGAAUGGUACUAUUGAUUUCCCCGAGUUCUUGAACUUGAUGGCAAGGAAAAUGAAGGAUACUGACUCUGAGGAGGAACUUAAAGAAGCUUUCAAGGUAUUCGACAAGGAUCAGAAUGGCUUUAUUUCUGCUGCAGAGCUACGACAUGUGAUGACAAAUCUUGGGGAGAAGUUGACGGAUGAAGAAGUGGAAGAGAUGAUCAGAGAAGCAGAUGUAGAUGGUGAUGGUCAGGUGAAUUACGAGGAGUUUGUGAGGAUGAUGUUGGCCAAGUGAUGGAAGGCAUUUGGUGGAUUAGGAUUAGUGGUAACAUUUUGUGUUUGAAUGGGAUGAUACAUGCCUUUCUUCAAUUUCUGCUCCAGUCGUUUGACUGUGAUAUUCUACUGUUCGGCGUUUUGACAAUGCAAUAUAUUAGUUUCAUGCUAGUAUGCCUAGUCAUAUGAAAAUAAUUCUAUGUGGGAAUGGAUGUUGGUUUAUAUCACAUGAUAGAUUCAUAACGUUAUGUGUA